GAUCCGACAACAACGCUUAUUUUGAUUUCUGGAUCUUAGAAACUACUUCAAAUCCCAUACUUACCUGGUUUCAAUAUAGACAUGUCGAGCGAUUCUGCUCGUACACCAUUGUUACCUACGGAGAAGUUAGAUCCCAUGGCUCAAGAUUUCAACCUAAACUCAAGAACUUCUUCUUCAAGAAAAAGAAGAUUGCGUCGCUCUAGAAGCGCUCCUCGUGGUGAUUGUAUGUACAAUGAUGAUGUCAAAAUCGAUGAACCGCCUCCUCAUCCUAGUAAAAUCCCAAUGUUUAGUGAUCUAAACCCGAAUCUCAGGCAAGUGAUCAUGCUCUUGGCUUUAUAUCUAGCCAUUGGUACUCUCUGUUUCUACCUCGUGAGAGACCAGAUCUCCGGUCAUAAGACCAAUCCUGUGUUAGAUGCUGUCUAUUUCUGUAUAGUAACGAUGACAACUGUUGGAUACGGUGACCUUGUCCCUAAUAGUUCCGCCUCAAGGCUACUUGCUUGUGCCUUUGUCUUCUCGGGAAUGGUCCUCGUGGGUCACCUUUUAAGUCGAGCAGCGGAUUAUCUGGUGGAGAAGCAAGAGACUUUGCUCGUUAGGGCUUUCCAUUUGCGUCAAAGCUUCGGUCCAACAGACAUUCUCAAGGAGUUGCAUACUAACAAGUUGAGAUACAAAUGCUAUGCUACAUGCCUUGUCCUUGUAGUCCUCUUCCUUGUUGGUACCAUUUUCCUUGUAAUGGUUGAGAAAAUGCCGGUUAUCGCAGCUUUCUACUGCGUCUGUUCCACAGUUACUACAUUGGGUUAUGGCGAUCAGAGCUUUAACUCGGGAACAGGACGCCUUUUUGCUGUGUUUUGGAUCUUGACGAGCACCAUUUGUUUGGCUCAGUUUUUCCUCUAUGUAGCUGAGCUAAAUACGGAAAACAAACAGAGGGCGUUAGUGAAAUGGGUUUUAACGCGAAGAAUCACAAACAAUGAUCUCGAAGCCGCUGAUCUUGAUGAAGAUGGAGUCGUUGGAGCUGCAGAGUUUAUUGUAUAUAAACUGAAAGAAAUGGGUAAGAUUGAUGAGAAAGAUAUUUCUGGGAUAAUGGAUGAGUUCGAGCAACUUGAUUACGAUGAAUCGGGAACUCUAACAACUUCUGACAUCGUUCUAGCUCAGACGACGUCUCAGAUUCAAAGGUAAGCCUCAUUGUCAUCAUCAUCUUGCCAAGAUGAAUCAGAAUCUUUGUUAAGUUAUACCUGCACACAACAAAAAAGCAAAGAGAUUGAACAGUUUUUGGAAAUUUUGUUUGUUUGUGUUUGUGUUUUGUAAUGUAAUGACUCACCCUCACUCUUUGAUUGUUCUGGAUGCUGAGUGUAUAAUUUUACAUACAUCUAUACAUAUGAAGCUCUGGUUUAACAUCAAUGGUGUUAUGCUCCAUGACCAAACCCCAAAACUAAAAAAGUCCUAUAAGCUUU